GAGCAGCUGUCCCGAGAUACGGGAUACCCCCUGUCCAUCUGCUCUCCCCAGGGUGGCUGCCCAUCAUGUCCAAGAAUAAACUCCAGCUAGUCCCUGCGUGGAUCUGAAUCAUCUGAGAGCUUCCAAAGGAGGGGAGUGACUACCCAGGACGCACAGGCAGGCUAUAUAAGUUCCCAAGGGCUGGGCUCCACACAGAUCUUUGCCUGUGGCUACUGCCUGCUGCCAGAGAGUUACCAAAAGAGAGCUUGCUUGGCAUCUACCAUGUCCGAGGCUGGCACUCCUGAAGCCCCCAUCAAGAAGAAGCGCCCCCCUGUGAAGGAAGAAGACCUGAAGGGGGCCCGGGGGAGUCUGUCCAAGAACCAGGAGAUCAAGUCUAAGACGUACCAGGUCAUGCGGGACUAUGAGCAAGCUGGCUCAGCUGCCCCAUCUAUAUUCAGCCGCAACCGCACGGGCACCGAGACAGUCUUCGAGAAGCCCAAAGAGGGACCUGCCAAGAGCGUCUUUGGCUGAGAAGUGCACUUUGCACUACACCCCUGGGCACAGCAACCUGUCCACGAACUCUCUCUCUCUCUCUUUUUUUUUUUUUAAUGCUGGAAGAUGCUUUUCCUCUGCCACCUCUGGAACCAUCUUGACUGUCACAACCCUAGCCCUUGGAAACACCAAUAAAGAAUACGCCACUUGGGAAGGUACCAUGGCCACUACCUGCAGAAGAGAGGGACAGCAUAUUGAGUGCCCUUCCUGGUCCCCGAGGUGGGUCGGGGAAUGAUGUGUGUGCUUUCAGAACCACUGAGGUGUUCUAGAAAGAGCCUUAGACAUGGAGUCCUGAUACGGACUUUCUGACGGAUGUAGACUUGUCUGUUUUCUCUAAAUCUCUGUUUUAGGCUGGAAAGACGGUGCCAUAGCUAAGAGUACUUGCUGUUUCUUUAGAGGACGCUGGUUCAAUUCCCAAACAGCCGCAUGGCUGCUCAUAACCAUUUAACUCUGCCACCCUCUUCUGGCCUCUGCGGGCAUUGCAUACACGUGGUACGCCUGUGGUCGAAAUGUUCACAUACCUAAGACAAAAAUAAAAUGUAAAACUAGC